AUCAAACGUCAACGUCAAACAUUUUUAUUUUCUCCAAAAAAUCGUAAGACAUGGGUAGAAAGAAAAAGUUGCCUAAAAAACCAAAAUUAGAAAUAAUAUACGAUGAAAAAUCAAGAAAGGAUUUUUUAACUGGAUUUCGUAAAAGAAAAAAUGAGAGAAGGAAACGUGCUAAGUUAGAGUUAGAGGAAAUGGUAAAAAAUGAGCGUAAAAGGAUCCGAGAAGAAGCAAAAAAUGAUGUCAAUAAGUUAAAAAAAUCUUAUGCUCCACUGCCCUUUGAGGAUGAUAUAAUUGAACAAGAAAAAUAUGCUGAAGAAAACGAUGAUGUUACUGUAAAAGUAAUAGAAUUGACUACUAAGGAAAUAGCUGAAAAACGCAACUUUUUAGGUCAAAAUGAAUUCAGCGAAAGUGAAGAAGAAGUCAAUACAAAUGAAGAAGUUGAAAGUGAACCCGAGGAAAUACCCGGUAUGUCUUUGACAAGACCGAAGAAAACAACUUUGAAAUUUCCAACUAAAGAGAAAGAAAAUACUGGAAAACAAAAAAAUGGAGCUCUCAACACAAAACGCGAUGUUAACAAAAUGAUGCAGAAAGUUACUCUUAAAUCAAUCAAAAAAAGUAAAGUAUUUAAAAUGAAGGAGAGAUUCAAUCGCUUAGAAAAUAAAAAAUUGGCUAAAAGACAGAAGAAUAGAGAUAUACGUCAAUUAAAAAGUCAAGGAAGGCGAAUAGAGAAAAAGCCCAAUUUUAGAUUGUUAAACAAAAUUCGAGGAAAAAAUCCUCAUAAAAGAAGGAAAUAAAUGACUUGUUAUUUGUUUUCUGUUUAAAUUUUCAUCUACAUUAUUUGUUUAUGAAGUUUUAAAUAGAAGUUCAGUUUUACAAUUAAAAAAUUAGUAACUUAAGUAAAAAUUAACUUUAUUAAAACAAAUUUUUUACA